AAGAGAGAGGCAUAUAUUAAGCAACUUGGACUUUUCUAACUUGGAACAAAAACCACUGGCUUGAACCAGAAAUGUGAGCCAGUCAAAGACUUGGACCCUUCCCUGGUUUUUCUUGCACCACCAGUUUAUACCUUGAUUAUCCAUACCAACCCAAUUACUUUAAAUUGUUAGAAGCCAAACGUUUAAAAAAACAAACUCAAAAAAAUAACGUUAAAAAGCUUCCUCUUCUCAUUCAUAUAUACAAAAAUAUACAAUUCCGUUUCAUUUUCAUAGACAGUCGAAUAGAAAGAAGGUAAAGAAAUGGCAGAAAGUGCAGUAAGUUUUCUUCUUGACAACCUCACACCGUUGCUGCAAAAUGAGGUGCAACUUCUGUGGGGUGUCCAUGGACAAGUUCAGUAUAUCUUUGAUGAGCUAGAGCGCAUCAAGGCCUUCUUAAGGGUUGCUGAUGCAAAGGAAGAAAGCAAUGAUUAUCUCAGAGUCUGGGUUAAGCAAGUUAGAGAUGUUGCUUAUGACAUGGAAGAUGCUCUUGACGAAUUCAUGCUUCGUCUUCUAUAUUACCAUGGCCAUGGAUUUUCUUCCUCUCUUCAUAAGCUUUAUCACUUUAUCAAAAGCCUUAAAGCUCGCCAUCGAAUUGCUUCUGAUAUGCAAGGCAUCAAGUCCAGAGUUGAAAGCAUCUCAAACAGUCAUACGAGAUUCAACAUGGCCAUACCAGGGUGGAGCUCCAAUCGUUUGGCUUACAGACAACUGACCAUUCAAGGAGAUGCACUUCUGCUUGAAGAAGCUGAAUUAGUUGGAAUUGCUGGACCGAAAAAGCAACUGAUGGAGUGGCUUUUGAACAAUGAAACUGGACGCCAAGUGAUUUCGGUGGUUGGAAUGGGAGGGUUGGGGAAAACAACCUUGGUGAAACAGGUUUAUGAUGAUCCCAAAGUGAAGAAACGUUUCAAGGUUCAUGCUUGGAUCACUGUUUCUCGAUCAAUCAACAAGGAAGAUCUCAUAGACGAGAUUUUCACAGAUAUAAGGAAACCAGUCCCUCCAGAAGUUUCUAACAUGAACAUAGAUCGGAAAAGGGAGACAAUCAAAGAUUUUCUGCAACAAAGUAGCUAUCUGAUUGUUCUUGAUGGUGUUUGGGAUGUGAAUGAUUGGGAUUUCAUCAAGCAUUCAUUGCCAAGCAAUAACAGAUAUGGCAGCAGGAUAAUGGUGACUACUCGAAAUGCUGAAGUGGCUUCAGCAUCCUGUGUGGAAAUUCAUGAUCAGGUCUACAAUUUGGAGCCAUUAUCUCCGGAAGAGUCAUGGGAACUUCUUUGUAAGAAGACAUUUCAGGGGAAACCAUGUCCCCGUAACUUGGAGGAAGUUUGCCAUUGUAUCUUAAACAGAUGUGGAGGAUUGCCUCUGGCAAUUGUGGCAAUAAGUGCUGUUUUAGCUACCAAAGACGACGCAAAUAUUGAUGAAUGGGCAUCGCUUUGUCACACAUUUGGUCCAGAAAUUGGAGAGAAUUACCGACUUGACAACAUGAAACGAGUACUCUCCCUCAGCUUUAAUGAUCUUCCAUACUACCUGAAAUCUUGUUUCUUGUACUUGAGCAUGUUUCCUGAUUUUCGAAAGAUUGAAACUAUGAGAUUGAUUCGGCUAUGGAUAGCUGAGGGGUUUGUGAUUGAAAAGGAAGGGAUGACCCCUGAAGAAGUUGCAGAGGGUUAUAUCAAGGAGCUUUUGGACAGAAGUUUAAUCCAAGUGGCAGGGACAACUAGCUGUGGAAGGAUCAAAUCAUGCAAGGUACAUGACCUUUUAAGGGAGAUCGUCAUUCAGAAAUCGAAGGACCAAAACUUCGGAGUAGUGGUAAAAGAGCAAGGAAUGUUGCCUGAAAAAGUUCGACGUCUAUCAGUAGUUAAGACAUUGCAUAAUGUACAAAACAAGAAUCUUUCUCAUCUUCGUUCUUUGCUUAUAUUCAAUUCAGAAGAUUCACUCACCGAAUUUCCCAAAUUGUUUCCCAGAAGCCUUAAACUGCUUAAGGUGUUAGAGUUGAAAGGUGCACCUAUAGAGAAUUUUCCUGAAGAAGUAUGCAAAUUGUUUCAUCUGAAGUUUCUAGGCUUGAAGAAAACCAAGGUGAAGCAUAUUCCUCGUUCCAUCAAGAAGCUUCAAAAGCUUGAGACAUUGAAUCUCAAAGAUUCAUUUGUCACUGAGUUACCUGUUGAGAUUUUGAGUCUCAAGCGACUUCGCCAUCUUCUGGUAUAUCGUUACCAGAUUGAAUCAUAUGUGCAUUUUCAUUCCAAGAUUGGUGUUACUGCCCCUGAUGGAAUAGGUUGUCUGCAAUCUCUUCAAAAGCUCUGUUUCAUAGAGGGAAAUCAAGAAAACUUGACAGAGUUGGGGAAGUUAAACCAGUUAAGGAGAUUAGGCAUAGUAAAGUUCAGAGAAAAAGAUGGUUCUACUUUGUGUUCUUCAAUCGAAAAGCUGAUUAAUCUUCGUUCGUUGUCCAUCACUUCAGAAGAGAAGACCGACGUAAUUGACCUGCAACACAUUUCUUCUCCACCUCAGUAUCUCCAACGUCUAUAUCUAGCAGGACACAUGGAAACACUACCUCAGUGGAUCAAUUCUCUUCAAAAUCUUGGUAAACUAUUCCUCAAAUGGAGCCGGUUGAAAGAGGAUCCUCUAAUUCAUCUUCAACAUUUGGCUAAUCUCGUGCAUCUCGAAUUCCUUCAGGUUUAUGAGGGAGAGAGCUUGCAUUUCAAAGCAGGAGGGUUUCCAAGUCUCAAGAUAUUAGGCCUUGACAAACUAGAUGCACUUCAAUCAGUGACAAUGGAUGAAGGAGCAAUGCCUCGUCUUGAAAAGCUGACAUUUCAGCGCUGUAAAUUGUUGAAGAAGGUACCUACAGGGAUUGAAUUCUUGACCAACUUGAAGCUUCUUGAGUUCUUCGAUAUGCCAGAUGAAUUGAUCAUGAAACUACGUCCAGACGGCGGAGAAGAUCAUUCAAAAGUUGCGCAUGUUUCAGAUGUAUAUUCUGUAUGCUGGUUAGAUGAUGGUUGGGAUGUUUACUCUUUAGAAGGGUUCACUGAAAGGGAUACUGUUGCGCAGCCCUACCCUGAAAUGAGAAGCUAUCGUAGGAGUACUCUUUGGAAGGUGUAGGAUUUAACUUGUAUUUGUAUAUUUGUUUCUGCAAAUACUGAUAGCAGAACUGAUUCUAAAAAAGUUUAUUACUCUGUAUUUAGAGACAAAUUAUUUAUAGGGCAAUUGGUUUUUUACCACUACAAGCAGGUUUUAGUGCAAAUCUACCUGCUGACUGUUAUCAGUUAAUAUUUUACACUGUUAUUAGUUAAUAUUUGUUACAAUAAUUGUGCUAUAGCUUGAAGUUAGAGUAUCUCAUACUCUGUUUUCUUAUUGUAGCCAUUCAACUUCUUGUAAACAAGUUAUUGAAAACAUCAAAUUGUCAAUUUUUU